UCUCUAAACCUCUCCCGGCUGUAACUUUUUAUAUUUAUAUUUUUUUAACAAUUCUCUUGAUUUAGUGUGAAUUAUAAUUUAAUGAUUUGUGGAGCCUGGUGUCCUGGCAGUAUGGAACUAUUCCAGCACCGUUUGUUUACAUGGUGAAUCAGCUGACAAGCUAAUGUUAGCAGCCUAGCUUUUAAAAUUGGAGUCAUAUGAGCUGGUUGUUAUCAAGUAGCUUUGUCCUCAUGAAUGAAUCGCUACGUUAGAGAAAGAGUCGACUUACACAUUAGUAAAGGAUUGUUUUAGAGUCGCGGUUAACCGAUAGGAGGGUAACAGUAUGCUAAGCUAACGUAAAGUGCGCAAAGUGUUGAAGACGUUGGUUCAGGUCUUUAGUAAAAGAAAGGGGUGCCCUGCAGUGUCUCUGUGAAAGAUGCCGUGUUCCUGUGGGAACUGGAGAAGAUGGAUCCGGCCAUUGGUCGUUGUGUUGUACAUCUUGUUGCUCUUAGUGGUCCUGCCGUUGUGCAUCUGGGAACUGCAGAAGUCAAAGGUUGGCACUCAUAACAAAGCAUGGUUCAUCGCUGGGAUUUUUGUCUUCAUGACCAUACCCAUAUCAUUAUGGGGCAUCCUCCAGCAUCUAGUGCAUUAUACUCAGCCAGAGCUUCAAAAACCUAUCAUCAGGAUAUUGUGGAUGGUUCCAAUCUACAGCUUGGACAGUUGGAUUGCACUGAAAUACCCCAGUAUAGCAAUAUAUUUUGACACAUGCAGGGAGUGCUACGAGGCGUAUGUCAUUUACAACUUCAUGACGUUCUUGCUUAACUACCUGGAAAACCAGUACCCCAACCUGGUGUUGAUGCUGGAGGCUCAGGAGCAGCAGAAACACCUGCCUCCCCUCUGCUGCUGCCCACCGUGGCCAAUGGGAGAGGUUCUGCUGCUGAGAUGUAAGCUGGGAGUGUUGCAGUACACAGUAGUAAGACCUGUCACCACAAUCAUUGCUUUAAUCUGUCAGCUGUGUCGAGUGUACGAUGAAGGCAACUUCAGUUUCAAAAACGCCUGGACAUACCUGGUGAUCUUCAACAAUAUGUCACAGCUGUUUGCCAUGUACUGCCUGGUGCUCUUCUACAAGGCUUUGAGAGAGGAGCUGAAUCCAAUCAAACCAGUCGGCAAAUUCCUGUGUGUGAAAAUGGUGGUGUUCGUCUCUUUCUGGCAAGCUGUGGUCAUUGCUUUGCUGGUUAAAGUGGGCAUUAUCUCAGAGAAGCGCACAUGGGACUGGCAAAGUGUGGAAGCUGUAGCUACUGGCUUACAGGAUUUCAUCAUAUGUGUGGAGAUGUUUCUCGCAGCCAUUGCCCAUCACUUUAGCUUCACCUACAAACCUUACAUGCAGGAGGCCGAAGAAGUGUCUUGUUUUGACUCUUUCAUGGCAAUGUGGGACAUCUCCGAUGUCAGAGCAGAUAUUUCUGAACAAGUCCGCAAUGUUGGAAGAACAGUUAUGGGUCGUCCGAGAAAGUCCUACUUCAAUGAGGCGCAAAGUGAUAGUGAGCGAUCCGGCCUGCUCUCUUCUGCGUCUCAAGAUGCCAUCACCGAAGCAGCUUGUAAUCCAGUUUCUCCUAAGGGUCACUAUCAGGGCCUGGGCAGAACCCCCGCUCCACACUCUUUGUCAGCACCCGCUGGGCUCGGCUCAGCCCUGUGGGAGGAAGGGUGUGAGGCUCGACCUGAAGAAACCCAGGAUGAAGAAACUACCAACCAAACCAAAGACCCGACAGAGGCAGAUCUCAUUGUGAUCACCUAGCUUAGGUGUCGCAAACAAACUCUGCCAGACAUGGUUGGGCAGGGCCCAAUUAUAGCCUUGCCACAUUUUUUCAAACGUCACUGAUGCAAACAAGACAAACUCAUUUAAAAAGGGCACAAUGACCAUGUAGUAGUC